AUGUCCAAGAAAUGGAAUAAGCUGAUGGUUGAGUUCUGAGUGGUGAGACCUGGUGCACAUCGUGUUCUGUACCACUGUCAGUAGCAGCAGGGAUAAAAACGAAGAGGCGAAUGGCUAAUGAAUGAAGGUUGUUUACUUCACUGCGAUCAAUGCCUGUCUGCUCCAUUAGACUCACUGACAUAGGGUUAUAUAUACAGAUGAUGUUUAUCAUUGAAAUUAGCAUUUAUUAAACAUGAACGGAGGACUUCAUUGACUUUGUUUUGUGGGGUUCUUUGAUACUUUGAUUUGCUGUCAUUUCAAGAAUUCAGGAGGAAGGACUCAUAAGCUAAUACUGUGAUGUCCAACAAGGGGUACAAACACACCCAUCUGGAGGAGGAUGAGGCCUCAGAGAGCAGUGCCCCAGGGGCCCUGGACUUUGACACGGGGGUGGUGGUCCGCAGUAGUGUGUUUUCCUGGCAGCGUAAGACACUGCUGGAGCGUAUUCUGAUCGUCUUGUGCUCUCUACUCAUGCUGACUGUCCUCAUUAUGGCCAUCGUCCUGGCAACCAAGGAUUCCAGGCCUAACACAGACAACAAAAUCUCACAGCAACAGAAAUCACAGAUUUGUAGAGAGUGUGGAGACAUCAUUCCAAUCAUCAAAACAAACUAUUCAAAGAAAUGCCCCACCCCCUCUCCUGCGCCUCCCAGCUCUACCCCUAGCUGUCCUGGGUCCCCGUCGGUGUGUGUUACACCAGCCUGUGUGACCGUGGCAGCCUCUAUCUACAAUGCAAUGGAUGUGACAGCGGACCCUUGCGAGGACUUCUAUCAGUAUGCCUGUGGAGGAUGGGUGGACAAGCACCCCCUUCCAUCAGGCCACUCUCGCUGGGGCACGUUCAAUGUUCUUUGGCAGGAGAAUCAGAUCAUACUGAAGAAAGUUAUUGAAAAAUCACUGAACAAAUCGUCAAGUGCAGCUGAGUUUAAGGCCCAAAAGUAUUACGAAUCUUGCAUGGAUGUCAACAAGACUAUCGAAAAGCUUGGGGCUCAGCCAGCCAAGGAGUUUCUGUCAGGAAUUGGGUCAUGGCCAAAACAGAAUGAAACCAAAAACUUUGACAUCCAGAGCCUAGUGGAGAAGAUUAAGGCCUAUGGAAUUGGGGUCCUGUUUAAUUACUGGGUGGGAGUAGAUGACAAGAACUCCACAGUCAAUAUUCUCCAGAUCGAUCAAGGAGGUUUAGGAUUGCCUGAAAGACAGUAUUAUCUGAACGAAUCUGACAAAAAGGUUUUAAAUGCGUAUUUGGACUACAUGACUACAGUAGGUGUAUUGAUGGGAGGUGAGAAGAAUGCUACCAGAAAUCUAAUGCAGAAUGUGAUAGCCUUUGAGACGGAGCUAGCAAAUAUCACAGUUCCAAGUGAGGAGAGAAGAGAUGAAGAGAAAAUUUAUCAGAAGAUUAGUAUCACAGAUCUUCAGGAAAUUGCUCCUUUUUUAAAUUGGACUAGAUUUUUCCAUAAGAUGAUGUCUGUUACCAAUAUUACACUAGCAGCUGAUGAGCCCAUUGUAUCUUUCUCAUCUGACUUCCUCGGGAAAAUGUCAGCAUUAGUUACCAGCAAAAUAAAGACAUUAGAUGGAAAAAGAACACUACAUAACUACCUUUUGUGGCACAUGGUCAGUUCUCUGACAUCCUUCCUCUCCAAGCCUUUCAGGAAUGCAAAGAAAAUUUUAACGGAAGCAUUGUCAGGCACUACGGGAGGGGAGGAGUUAUGGCGUUACUGUAUCACAGACACGGAUGAUGUGCUGGGAAUGGCCCUGGGAGCAAUGUUUGUCCAAGAAGCCUUCAAGGGGGACAGCAAGCAAAGGGCAGAGAGCAUGGUGAAUAAGAUCAAGGACGCCUUCAAGAAGAACCUGCCCCGACUGUCAUGGAUGGACGACGAGACAAGGCAGGCGGCCAGGGACAAGGCUAAUGCUGUGAUUGAUCUCAUAGGCUUCCCAAGUUACAUCAGCAACCACACCUUGCUAAACGAAGAGUACAAAGAUCUGGAGGUGUCUGCCGGAGAGUACUUCAAAAACAACAUCAGGAACUUAUUGUUUGUUGUUAGAAAAGAUCUACAGACUCUCAGGUCCAAACCCAAGAAAAACGAGUGGGAUAUGACCCCGCCCACUGUUAAUGCCUAUUAUACACCAACAAAAAAUGAGAUCGUCUUCCCUGCUGGGAUCUUACAGGCUCCUUUCUACGAUAUUGAUUUUCCAAGGUCAUUGAAUUUUGGAGCCAUGGGAGUUGUGAUGGGACAUGAACUUACUCAUGGAUUUGAUGACCAAGGGAGAGAAUUUGACAAGUAUGGGAAUCUCCAUCCCUGGUGGAACAACCAGUCUAUCAUCAACUUCCAGAACAGGACGAAGUGUAUCAUAGACCAGUACUCACAGUACAAAGUAGGGGACAACCAUGUGAAAGGUAAACAAACUCUUGGAGAAAACAUUGCUGACAAUGGAGGACUGAAAGCUGCCUAUCAUGCUUACAAUUACUGGUUAUCACAAAAUGGUAAAGAGAAACCACUGCCUGGGCUGAAUUUAACGCACAAACAGCUGUUCUUUCUAGGCUUUGCACAGGUAUGGUGCUCUACAAGUACAAAGGAAGCAGACCACCUACAGAUCCUCACAGACCCCCACAGUCCUGCUAUAUACAGAGUUAUAGGAACUCUGUCUAAUUCCAAAGAGUUUGCAGAGCAGUACAAAUGCCCAGUUAAUUCUACAAUGAAUCCCCAGAAAAAGUGUGAAGUCUGGUGAUCAACCCAUUUAGCAUCUGAAAAACAGAUUGCCCUGUACCAAAUAGAGCCCAAGAAGCUUAAAACACACACAGCUUGUCUACAUUAUUUCCUGUGGUUAUGUGAUUGGGGUGCACAUGUACCAAGGAAAAGUUUUAUUGCUUUAUAUUUUAUUUUGUAUUUUUUGACUGAUUGGUGCUUUAGAAAUAAAAGCCAAGUGUGUAUGAAUGAAAUGAUAUAUCUUUUUUGUUAUCCUAACAUAAUGAAAAAGUAUUAUUCUUAAUGUUUUUAAUUACCCUAUAAUGUAAACCAAAGAUCGGUCCAAAAUGCAUAAAUAUAAAUGGCCGUACAUUUAUUUUUAUUAUAGCACAUACUUCAGCAAUGCAUUGACUUUUAUCACAUGGCUCUUAGCCUGCAUAUAUUUUGGUUAAUGCAUUGAGUAUAUCAGAAAUACUUGUACUUCAAUGUAUGUAAUGUCUAGUAAACAUUGUGCUUAAGGUCAUUAUAAGAUAUUAUUUACAUGUUCAUGUAUCAGAAACUUUUUUUUUAUUUUAGAAUUUUCAUAUAAUUGUUUUUGUUGGCAUUAAUAAUAUUGUUAAUGGCAUAUCUUUCCUAAGAUCAUGUACUGAAUCUACCUAUCAAUUAUAAAGUUUUACCGUCUGUGUUUUCUAGCAGGGUCGUUUAUUUGUGAACAAAUGAUGAGACUGUGUCAUAAUAAAAUGGGUCUUUUUACCAUUUAUGUUAUAUAAGUUAAAGACAUUUAAGUCUAAUAAUAUCUAAGAUUUUGUAAAAUCAAAACCUUUGUAAAUCUCAUUUUAGACAUUCUUUUACAAACAAUUAUAUUUGUUAGAAUUGUCUUAUUUUCUACAAUUUGUUGACAAAGUUUUUAUUCAUAAUGAAUCAGUAGUUUAUUAUUGUUUAAUCUAGUCAGUAAUUGAAUAUCAUGUAUAUAUAUUAUAUGUACAUAUAAUUAUCAUUUAUACCAUUACAUGUAUAUGAAUCUCACAUGAAUGUUUAUGUUAAUACACACAAUUGUAAACAACUCAUACAUUGUAAUGUAAAUUAGUAUACAUACUGGUAUUUUGAAAUAUAAAAAUUUUUGUGUCUUUUGCAAUACUUACAACAGUUAAUAUAGGUAUAAAUAUAUUUUUUGUUCUGCAAUCCAGAAAAAAACUUCCAUCCUCAUCUUUUCCAUACAUUUAAUUAAACUAAUACAUCUAUUGCACUGUCACAUUUUUGGUAAUAACAUAAAUAUAUGGGUUUGCAUUUAUCAUUGUCAUUUUAACAAUGUCAAUCUGACAGUGCAAUCAAUGCUAUUUUGUGUUGGAUUAACCAUUACAUGAUAGCUGAUAGUCCCAGUGUUUUACAGCUUCCUGACAUGUUGUUGAAUCUCUGUUCUAAGUCUACCUUUAGUCAAAUAUACACCAAUUUACAAUUUUCUCAUAUUUUCAUAGUCAGAGAUGAACACAUCUGUCUAUCAAACAAGUAUUGUACUACCACUGUUCAGCUUUCAGUUUUCACAGUCAUUUAAAUUUGUCCUCAUGCAAGUUUGUAUAUUUCAUUUUUUUUUUUUGAAACUUUUUUUAUAAAGCAAUAAAAUUCCUCAAAGAUUCUGAUACAGUUUAUUCUUGCCAUUUUGUAUUUGUGUGAAUGUCAGUUAUAUAUGAACAGCACAAUGCAAUAAAAUAAUCUCUUUAUGAACAAAAUUUACAUCGUCUGUACAAAAUCCUCAAGUAUCUUUAGCCAAGGCUUGUGAUCCAGUCCGUUACCAAAAAACCGUUGGUUAAGGAAAAGUCAUCAUUAUUGAAUUGUCUCUUAUGUUAAUGUUUCAUUUCCUUAGUGGAGUUCUUGUCGGUUUUUGUCUUAUGUAUACCGUAGUAAUAACUGAUCAGAAAGGCAUUGUAUAGUAAUUACUUUUGGUCUUUUUUUUGUCUGUAAAGUAAUUGCUGAAGGCAUUGUAUAGUAAUUACUGUUAGGCAUUGUACAAGUAUACUGAAUAUGCUUAGUAACACUUCCGAGGUCGUUCAAUGUAUGUACAUAAAUGUUGUUGUUCAUUGCGUGAAAUUGUUGAUCUUGCUUUGUUGUUGAAUCUUUGCAAAUCUUGUUCACGUUAAAGCAUUUCCACAAAGAAGGCAUUGCUAUUUUGAAAUGUUUUAAACAAUCCAUUUAUCAUUUUUGUGUUGAAAUCCAGUUGUUUUGUUUGUUUGUGAUUAAAGUUCAAAUAAACUGAUAUUAUUUCAUAA